AUGUCUUCACUCCCACCAUCACGCGCUGCCAGCCAGGCUGAGCGCAGAACAUCGGCUGCAUUGCGUCAAAAGAACAGCCGCCCCGCCUCUGCGAUUAAGUCGCCAAUCGAGGAGAACAGGUCGACCGGCGGUCCGAAACGUAAGACGACUACUUUAACGACAACGGAAACCAAACGAGAUGUUACCGGCCAGGAGACUCUGGUCCGACGGACGACAACGCGAAGCCCCCUGAAGCCCAACAGCAGCAACUCCAACGAGCCACGAAGUCGAGACGGAGAGAAACCUUCCAAGCCGGAGCAGGGUGCCGCAAAAAAGGCACCUCCAAAAUCAGCGCAGUCUUCAUGGAACCCCCAGGCCAGCCUCUUGCCUCCGACGACGGCUCCACUUGCAAGCAGAGUCUCUGUGCCACCACUCGCCAGCCACGCUCCGGAAACAUUACGAGCGCCCUCGCUCGGUAAUAUGUCUUUGACCGAACAGGAAACGGCUAUCAUCUCCGAUCUGCUGUUUGUGUUUAUGGGCUUCGAAGGGCAGUACAUUCGCUACCAGUCGGACUACCAACCACUGGACGAGAAAAGCAGAUUAGCAGGCCCACAGUUCAGGAUCGAGUAUGGUCUGGAUCCAAGCUUACGGGAUCUUGCUGGCAGCAUGCUCAAGAUCGCCACGCACUACAGCGCCGUGGAGGCUUUCGUUGAAGUGCAAUCGCGAGAGGAUUUUGGUACUGUGAAUCAUGCUCUUUGUGCGGCCAUGCGAAAGCUGCUCAAAGACUACCUCAUCUUGAUCGCGCAGCUGGAACACCAGACGUUGACGAACGAGAACUUCACGCUCCACCAGUUGAACUUGCACAUGAAGCCGACCGCUCAUAUGAUGCACCAGCUCUACUCUGUAGCUUACGAGAUCCUCAAGGAGAACAGCAUGCUGGAUGCCGAAGAGGACCUUUCGGAAUCAGACGACUUCGAGAACAUUCUGGAGUCGCUGCGGGAAGGGCGAGAUGCGGGCAUGCCUGGAAAGAAAGUCUGUAAAGGUGGCCUGGUGCUCCGCCACCUGACACGAAGGUUGCAGUCAAUGUCGGGCGAUCCCGCUGCUAGGCAGCUUCUAACCAAUCUGCUGAGGGAGGCCAGCAAGCCGUACAUGGCUAUGCUUAAUGAGUGGCUUCACCACGGCAACGUUCGGGAUCCGCAUGGCGAGUUCUUGAUCAGAGAGCAGAAGUCCAUCCGUCGGGAGGGGCUGGAGCAGGAUUAUACGGACGAGUACUGGGAGAAGCGGUACACUGUUCGACCUGAGCUGGUCCCGCCACAGCUCGAAACCGUCAAGGAGAAGGUUCUGCUGGCAGGGAAAUACCUAAAUGUCGUUCGGGAAUGCGGUGGGAUCGACAAUAUCAAGGAUCGGAACCUGGAUGCUCGAGCCGAUGUGCCGCACACCUUCGACGAUCCGAGGUUUGCAGAGAAUGUCAGUAAUGCAUACGCAUUCGCAAACAGGAGUCUGAUGACUCUGCUACUGACGACACACGCAUUGCCCGCUCGGCUGCGGAGUUUAAAGCAUUACUUCUUCCUCGACCGAUCGGACUUCUUCUCAUACUUCCUGGAGUUAACACAUUCAGAACUGAAGAAGUCUGCAAAGAAUGUCAAUACUUCCAAGCUGCAAAGUCUGCUCGACAUUGUACUUCGCCAGCCCGGGUCUGUAGCGGCAGAGGAUCCCUUCAAAGAGGAUGUCAAGGUCGUUAUGAACGAUGUUGGCCUCACCGGCUGGCUGAUGCGCGUCGUCAAUGUACAAGGCAUGGAUGCGGACGCCAGCAGUCUUUCUACCUACACACCAGCUCCGACAAGCACUUCAGGUGAAGCUGAGAAGGAGAUCUCCGGCUACGAAGCACUGACGCUGGACUAUGCUGUACCCUUCCCGCUUUCACUUGUGGUCAGUCGGGUCACUCUCACCCGAUAUCAACUGCUCUUCCGCUACCUACUCAGCCUACGGCACCUCGAAACUCUGCUCACUAACUCGUGGACGGAGCACACGAAGAACGCCGUCUGGACUAAGCGUGGCGCUCGAAAGCGGACAGGUGCAGAAGCCGCGCGCGAUCGCAGAGCUGAGGAGUGGAAGCGCAGGGCGUGGUGUUUGCGGAGUCGAAUGCUCUGUUUCGUGCAGCAGCUGUUGUACUUCUGUACAAGUGAGGUCAUUGAGCCGAAUUGGGCUGCUUUCAUGGCUCGGCUGAAGGUCAGUGAAGACCAAGAGGAGGGUUCAGGGGUCCAGCAGCGACCCGGAAGCCAGAAGCAGGAUGCUGCUGCUGCUUUUGGGGCGUCAGCACGGCCAGCAUCGGCCGCCAGCAAGGCUCCCGUCAACGGAGAGGCGAAGAGGACAGUGGACGAGUUGAUGCAGGAUCAUGUGGACUUCUUAGCUACGUGCCUAAAGGAGUGCAUGCUGACCAACUCCAAACUCUUGAGGAUCAACUCAAAAGUCAUGGCCACCUGCACCAUGUUCGCCAACUACACGUCCUCCCUCUCCCGCUACCUGGCCGCCGCGGACCCGGAGUCUUCUGGUACCGGCUCGACUGCCUACGACCCUGCGAAGCUGGAUAAGCUGUUCUCGAUCCUGCAGCAGUAUGAGGAUCAUUUUUCGCGGCAUUUGAAGAUUCUGCUUGACGCGCUGAAUUAUCUGGCUGCGACUGAGACGGUGGUGUUUUUGGGUUUGUGUGCGAGAUUGAGCAUGGCUAAUGAGGGAGGGUUGAAUGGUGGGCCUGGGCCUGGCGCUUACGGAUGA